AUGUUAGUAUUGAAAAACAUGUUCCUUGACAAAAUAAAACCAACUACAGAAAUAAACGACGCAAGACUGAAAGAUUGGGUAAAAGCUUUCCCAUUCACAAAAGAUAUAGUUGGUAACAUGGAAAGAAAACCAGAAUGGCUACAAAAACAUAUAUUUGGAAACGAGCUUAUUCCAUAUGGACAGGCACUGUUUGAAGAGCUUGAACCGGAAACUCAGGAAAGAGUCAUGCAAACAAUACGCGAAGACUCAAAUACAAACUAUGACAAACUCUUUCUAGGAUAUAGGUUACCUGAGAUGGGCGACCAGAGCCAAAAGGCAAAAAGGACAUGGGAAAUUUGCAACAUACUAGAUGAACAUAAUGCAAAGAUGCAACAACUUCAAGCAGAGGGCAAUGAAGGAAAAAGAAGAGUUAAAAACUCAGUCAGGAAGAAAGUAAAGCUUGGUCCACGUGGGUUCUAUUAUGACAUAUAA